AUGUCAAAAUUUACAUGGACUCAGCUUAUGACUUGGGAAAGAGAAGCUGUUAGACGACGUGUUCCAUUGGAAAUUCCUGGUCUGAUCCCAAGAAAUGAACUUCCAAACAACAGACACCUGAUCCGCCCAUGCGGAUCCUUUGAAAGAAAUGGUGAAAAGGUGAUAUUUAGCCACAUUACAUUUUUUAGGCUUGGAUUAUUUGGUUUAUUUUUCUUAUGUGGCUACCAAGUCAUGAGAGUUAUGAAGUGGGGGUGGGAAUUUGAAGUCGAACAUCAUAACUUCGAGCAAGACAACUUAGUCUACCAUAAGCUGUCUUGCAACAUGGUUCCUUAUCACGAAUCUUAAUCUUAAUUAAUUAUAAUAGUUUUAUUCAUUGUAAGGGAGCCCUAGGGAUCAGCAGUUCUAGGAAAGUCUAACCAUUUUUAUCUAUUCCCAGUAUUUUAAUUACCUUAGCACGAAUCAGUUAUUGGAUUCCCUUAA